CCUACUGCUUCUGCUUCGCAGACUUUGGGGUUCAACAUCAUGGACGUCCUGUCAGAAUCCAACGGCAUCUUUGCUUUAAAGCUUUUUAAAAAGCUGGGUGAAAAUAAUACAGGGAACAUAUUUUAUUCACCUUUGAGCAUUUCCUCUGCCUUGGCCAUGGUCCUCAUGGGGGCAAAGGGGAACACAGCUGCCCAGAUGUCCCAGGCACUUUCACUGGAUAAAGUUGGAGGUGGAGGUGCAGAUGUGCACCAAGGCUUCCAGUGGCUUCUCUCUGAAGUCAACAAGCCUGACACUCAGUACUUGUUGAGAACCGCCAACAGGCUCUUUGGAGAAAAGACUUAUGACUUCCUCUCACCUUUCAGAGAUUCCUGCCGCACCUUCUACCAGGCAGACAUGGAAGAGCUGGACUUUGCUAAUGCUGCAGAGAAGUCCAGAGGGCACAUCAACUCCUGGGUGGCCGAGAAGACAGAAGGUAAAAUCACAGAGGUGCUCUCAUCAGAUUCAGUUGAGUCCUUGACUAAGCUGAUUAUCGUCAAUGCCAUCUACUUCAAAGGAAGUUGGGCCAAGCAGUUUAAACGAGAACAUACCCACGAAAAACCCUUUAAAGUCAGCAAGCACGAGGAGAAGCCUGUUCAGAUGAUGUUUCAGGAAUCUACCUUUAAACUGAUUUACAUACAAGAAAUAUUCACCCAAAUUCUGGUGCUUCCCUAUGUUGGACAGGAGCUGCAUAUGAUCAUCAUGCUUCCAGAUGAAAAUACUGAUUUGGAAAUGGUGGAAAACCAGCUGACGUAUGAGAGAUUCCAGGAGUGGACCAGAGCUGACACAGUGGGGGAAAGAAAGGUGGGAGUUUUCCUUCCUACAUUUGAACUGGACGAAAGUUAUGACCUGGAGAAGCUCCUCCCCACGUUGGGCAUGGUCAAUGCCUUUGACAGGAGCAGGGCAGACUUUUCUGGAAUGUCGCAAAAGAAAGGAUUGUUUGUCUCCAAGGUGACACACAAGGCGUUUGUGGAGGUCAAUGAGGAGGGCACAGAGGCAGCCGCAGCCACGGCUGCUGUGAUUCAACUGCGCUGUGCACAAAGAACCCCGAGGUUCUGUGCCGACCGCCCCUUCCUGUUCUUCAUCCGGCACACCAAGACCAACUGCAUCCUCUUCUGUGGACGGUUCUCCUCUCCGUAGGGGAUGACCUCACUACAUGUAGCGUGUCCUUCUCCUUUCCCCGAUAAACCUUCUUUUCGACUACUUCCUACUGUGCCUAGAACUCCAGAUGACCUUGUUAGUUGAGAGGGCACAUUUCAGACAUUAAAGGCUGGAUUUUGAAUCUCA